AUGAUACGUAAUGUAGUGUUUAAUUAUGUUUCAAAUAAUCCAUUAUACUCAGUUUCAUGGAGUAAUAGAAAAGAUAAACCAUUAAGAAUUGCAACUACAUCAUUUAUGAGUCAAAUCAAAAAUAGUUGUGAAGUAAUUCAAUUAAACGAACAAUCAAAUCAAAUGCUCAAAAUAUGUGAAACUGAAAUUGAAUAUCCUCCUACUAAAGUACAAUUUUCUCCAGAUACUUCUACAGGUGCUAAAGAUCUUCUUGUUGUUGGAGGAUUAAAACCACAAUUAUUUGAGAUUCAAGGAAAUAAAAUGGUAAAUGUUGCUGUAUUAGGUGCUUCAAAUGAUUCAUUAUCACCAUGUACUUCAUUAGAUUGGAACACUGUCAAUAAAGAUAGAUUAGGAACUUGUUCUUUAGAUACUACAGUUACUGUAUGGUCAGUUGAAACUCAUCAACCAAUAAAAAAAUUAAUUGCACAUGAUAAAGAAGUUUAUGACAUUUCAUUUGCAUCUAAUCCUGAUUUAUUUGGAACAGUUGGAGGAGAUGGUUCAUUGAGAAUGUUUGAUUUACGUUCAUUAGAACAUUCAACUAUUUUGUAUGAGUCUCAAGGUCUUGUUCCUUUGUUAAGAUUAGCUUGGAAUCAUUUUGAUCCUAAUUUCAUUGCUACAUUCUCUUCUGAUUCAAAUAAGGUUAUUGUCAUUGAUGCAAGAAAACCAGCUGUUCCAUACACUGAACUUGCUUUGCAUCAAAGUAAUGUUAAUGCUAUUUGUUGGAGUCCACAUAGUAGCACUCAUAUUUGUAGUGCGUCAACAGAUAGAAAAGCAUUAAUUUGGGAUUUGUAUCCUAUAGAAACAUUAAAUGAUCCAGUUGCAAUCCAAUAUGAAGCAUUAUCACCAGUCAAUGAUAUCUCAUGGUGUGGAACUAAUUCUGAUCUCAUUUGUAUGUCAGUUGGAAAUCAAAUCGUUGCAGUCCGAAUUUAA